GCAGAAUACUGUCGCCCCAAGACUCAAUCUUCCUUGCCGAUCUUCUGCCCCUACCAGACAACCAUUGUCGCCUCCUCUUGUAGUCCUUCCCAGCGCAUGAUGACUGAGCCAAAUUCUGCCCCGCACCCCGAAAGCGACCCCGCGGUCACGACAGACGCGAAUGGAACGCGUGACCAGGAUACGGACGAUCACAAGCCACGAGACAUCAACGGCUGGGACGGGAAGCUUCGAGUAGAUAGAAUGACUCUGAGCGACGAGCCAAGAGAUCCACAUGCGCAGGUGUUGAGUGAUCCAGAAGUAUCAGACGACGAUGGGCCGCCUCCAGAACAGUUGGCUGCAGACGAGGACCUGCUCGACGAUGUGCCAGACGACGAAGAGGAUAUUGAGCUGGUGCACUGCAAGAUCUCAGACAUGUCGUCGUUGCGGCUGGAAAGGUUCAAGCAGAUGAAGCGUCUUUGCCUCCGCCAAAAUCGCAUAGAAAGUAUCGCGAUACCCGAUGAACUUGCGGCCACUCUCACAGAAGUCGAUCUCUACGACAACCUUAUCGCACACAUCAAGGGCCUCGAUGCCUUUACCGAACUCACCUCGCUCGACCUGUCCUUCAACAAGAUCAAGCAUAUUAAGCGGCUAAACCACAUGACGAAGCUCAAGGACCUGUAUUUUGUGCAGAACAAAAUCAGCACAAUAGAGAAUCUAGAAGGCCUCUCGAACCUGCGGCAGGUAGAGCUGGGCGCAAACAGGGUGCGGGAGAUUCAGGGCUUGGAGACGUUGACGGGGCUGGAAGAGCUGUGGCUGGGCAAGAACAAGAUUACGGAGAUCAAGGGGUUGGAUACGCUUGCAAACUUGAAGAUUCUCAGCAUACAGUCGAAUCGGCUGCGGUCCAUUGCGGGGUUGGAUAAGUUGGUCAAUCUGGAGGAGCUGCACAUCUCGCACAAUCUCCUUACCGACCUGUCAGGCCUAGAGAACAACGUCAAUCUGAACGUCAUUGACAUUAGCGCCAACCCCAUUGAGCACCUGACCGGGCUCAAGGGCCUCAAGAACCUGACAGAGUUUUGGGCGAGCAACUGCAAGCUCAGCGACUUUGGCGAGAUUGAGCGAGAACUCCGAGACAAGGAAGGCCUGGAAACAGUGUACUUUGAGGGCAAUCCGUUGCAAAGGUCACAGCCGGCCUUGUACAGAAACAAGGUCCGGUUAGCACUGCCGCAGGUUGUACAGAUUGAUGCUACCUUUGUGAAGCAGGUAUAGCACAUUCGCAGCAUCUCGACUUGCUGUGCUCAGUGCUUGGGUUUAUCUAUUGUAGCAAGGAUGGCUGGGGCGGGCGGCAAAAUUCUGGACUGGCAUUUGCAUGGCGCGCUGGCGUUGAUAUAGGACAUAGUAUUGGCGGGUGAUACCCAAUAAAUGCAUGGAAUUGUU